AACUUUUGUAAUCCUGCCUCAGCCUUAGGGUAGGGUGGGAUUACAGGCUUUGGCCACCAUGUCCAGCUGAGGGAGGACUGUUAAGUACAGCCCCAUCUUACCAUAAGUGGCUGCAAAAACCCUGAUGCUUGGGUGGGGCCUAGGCAGGCAAAAAAUGAAGUGGACCCUGUGAAUGGGUUCCGAGGCUAGGGACCCUGGAGCCUGGGGGCUACACCUGCAGGACAGGCCACACCCAUUAGCCCAUGAAUAUCGCCUUGCAAGGAGUCUGGAGAGUCGUCCUUCACUCCAAAUCCUGGGUGUUGUGGAGAAAAUCCCUAAACCUCAAUAACUUCUCUCCUCCUAGGCUCCUUUGUCCCCAGUUCUCUGGACAGUUAGAGGCAGGGCCAGGGUUCAAUCAGGGGUUCUGGUUUCCCCACUUACCUUUUCCCCUCCCUAGCCCAUCCCUAACCUGGCCCCCAGGAGGAAUUUCCUGAGCCAGAGGGUGGCCAGAAGCACAGAUGCCCACCCCAGUGGCAUUCCCACCACCUGCCCAGGUCAGAGCCCUGGGCCCAACCCCAGAGGGUGCAGGAUGACAGAGUCUGACAAUCAUUAAACCAGCCGGGCCUGAUUUCCCAGCACCGCCUGCUAGGAUCCGGGCCAAGUGGCACAGAAUAUGCAAAUCACCUGGGGCCAGGAGCCCAGUCUGAAGGCCAGGAAAUCCCCUCCAUCCAAUGAGCCACCAGCUCAGGUUACCGCCGGGACAAACUCCGAAGACCUGGUGUGGGGAGGAGCUCCUGCGGCUCUAUAUAGGACGGGUGGGGGAGCACAGGGGCCAGACUCCUCACUGCUACCUGGCCGAGCUGUUGGCCACCUGGAUUUCUCUUCCACCUGUGACCUCCGAAGCCUGCCUGCCUGCCUGACGCCCGCACCCUGCCACCCGGUAGGACCCCCACCUGUCACGUUCCCAUCCGGGAAACCAGGGAUGGUUUAGUGGAUCUGCAGCUCUGAACCUGCCCCCUCUAGUCUGGAAUUUCCCAGCAGGAGUGUGCGGCAGUAGGGGGGUCCUGAGAGUCAGAGUAUCCCGUCUGUAGGAGGGACAAGGACUUGGAAGCUCCCACUUAAGGGCUCUGGGCGAUCCGAGCAGGGAGCCCCAGCAGGAGGGUCUAGUAGCCACACUUUGCUCUGAAUCUAGAAGCCCUUUUUGAAGAGAGGGAGCACGCAGAUGCUGACCUUGCUGCCCCUUUGGGUGGCUCCUGCCCAGGUUUGGCCAGAAGAGAGCAGCCAGGAUGUAAGGGGAGGAGUCUGGAACCUUCACCAACCUUGUCCCCUCUCCCCAGGUAGCCUCAUGGCUGCAACCUGUGAGAUUAGCAACGUUUUCAGCAAUUACUUCAGUGCUAUGUACAGCUCCGAGGACCCCAGCUUGGCCUCUGCUCCCCCUGCUGCCACCUUUGGGGCUGAUGACUUGGUGCUAACCCUGAGCAACCCACAGAUGUCGCUGGAGGGGACAGAGAAGGCCAGCUGGUUGGGGGAGCAGCCCCAGUUCUGGUCGAAGGCCCAGGUUCUGGACUGGAUCAGCUACCAAGUGGAGAAGAACAAAUACGAUGCCAGCUCCAUUGACUUCUCUCGGUGUGACAUGGACGGGGCCACCCUCUGCAACUGUGCCCUUGACGAGCUGCGCCUGGUCUUUGGGCCUCUGGGGGACCACCUCCAUGCCCAGCUGCGGGACCUCACUUCCAGCUCUUCUGACGAACUCAGCUGGAUCAUAGAGCUUCUGGAGAAGGAUGGCAUGGCUUUCCAGGACACCCUAGGAGACCCCGGCCCCUUUGAUCAGGGAAGCCCUUUCACCCAGGAGCUGCUGGAAGACGGCCACCAGGCCAGCCCCUACUACGCAGGCAGCUAUGGCGCAGGAGCCCCCUCCCCUGGCAGCUCUGACGUCUCCACCGCAGGGACCGGUACUUCCCAGAGCCUCCAUUCCUCAGACUCCGGUGGAAGUGACGUGGACCUGGACCCCACUGACAGCAAGCUCUUCCCCAGAGAUGGAUUUCCUGACUAUAAGAAGGGGGAAAGCAAGCACGGAAAGCGGAAACGGGGCCGCCCACGGAAGCUGAGCAAGGAGUACUGGGAGUGCCUGGAGGGCAAGAAGAGCAAGCACGCCCCCAGAGGCACCCACCUGUGGGAGUUCAUCCGGGACAUCCUCAUCCACCCUGAGCUCAACGAAGGCCUCAUGAAGUGGGAGAACCGGCACGAGGGUGUCUUCAAGUUCCUGCGCUCUGAGGCUGUGGCCCAACUGUGGGGCCAAAAGAAAAAAAACAGCAACAUGACCUAUGAGAAGCUGAGCCGGGCCAUGAGGUACUACUACAAACGCGAGAUCCUGGAACGGGUGGAUGGCCGCCGACUGGUCUACAAGUUUGGCAAAAACUCCAGUGGCUGGAAGGAAGAAGAGGUGGUUCAGAGUCGGAACUGAGGAGCUGAACUAGACCAGGACCAAACUCAUGGACUUGGACUGAGGCCUGCAGCCCUCCUGGAGGCCAGGCAGGCUUGGAAGCCCCUCCAUUUGGAUGUGCUCCCUGCAGAGCUGUGGAGAAGCCGAAGUCUGGUGUGUGGUCAGGCCUGUCCUGGAGCGGGGCCUGCAGCCUCUCCUCUGUCCUCCUUCUGGAAUUAUAAGCCCUGGGGUUUGAAGCGACUUGCUCGCUGACUCUACAGCUGCUCGUUGGCUGCUUCCAAUCCCAACGCUGCUGCCGAUGACACCUUCCCUGGCAGAUGCUUGGACUCAGCCAUGGAGACUGUUGGGGAGCCCUGGGAUAGAGGGGACAGGCAGUGUCCUCCAGCCCCUCCUUUCUGGACUGGCUUCCACCUCUCUACUCAGUGCUUGGGCUCCACGGCGGGGGGUCAGAGCAUCCCUAAUUUAUGUGUUAUAAAUACGUCAGAUGUACAUAGAGAUCUAUUUUUUCUAAGGCAUUCCCCUCCCCCCUCCUCUCUCACUGAGCACUUGUGGCCAGACUUGUCACCCUGCCUGGCCAGUGAGAGGAGGGCUGCAGCCAGACCCCUCAAGAUGGGGGUCCUGGCUCCUUUCUCCUGUGAAUGGAGGCCGAGACCUCCAAUAAAGCGCCUUCUAGGUUUUUCUAAC